GUGCUCUUGGUGAAGGUGAAUCCGGUCGAGGGAGUUGGGAGGACCGCAGGAAAGAUGGCAUCCGCCUAUCUUACCCACCAACAAAAAGUCCUUCGGCUGUACAAAAAAUCCUUGAGACAUCUCGAAUCGUGGUAUAUAUUUAGGGAUAUAUACCGAUUCCACGCAUGCUUGCUGAGAGCCCGCUUUGACCAGCACAAGAAUGAGAAAGAUAUGGUGAAAGCUACGCUGCUGCUGAAGGCUGGUGAGGAGGAGUUUUGGGAAAAGCAGCACCCCCAGCCCUAUAUCUUCCCUGACUCUCCUGGGGGAACCUCCUAUGAGCGAUAUGAACGCUACAAGGUACCUGAGUGGUGUCUGGAUUACUGGCAUCCCUCGGAGAAAGCUAUGUACCCAGACUACUUUGCCAAGAGGGAAAUGUGGAAGAAACUCAGAAUCCAAAGCUGGGAGAGAGAGAUCCAACAGUUGCAGGAGGAGACCCCAGCAGAUGGUCCCAAGACUGAGGUGCUGCCCCCAGCUCGCAAAGAGGGCGACCUUCCACCUUUGUGGUGGGAGUACGUCACCCGCCCACGAGAACGCCCUACGUGAGCCCAGUAAAGAGCAGGGGCCCAUACAGUCCAAACGUCAUUAUUGAAAAACAUACAUGUCGGUUUCAUAAUGUACAGCUGAUUCCCCUAGUGUAAUCAUAAUAAAAUUGAAACCAAGAAGUGAAAUUUUA